UGAUUCCAUAUUUACAUGCACACCCCUUCGUUGGCUUGAAAGUUUCUGUACAGGCCAGACGGCCUCAUCGGCCGCGACUAUGGCCUCAACAGAGCAGACAACCGCUCCGCCAACUGGCGCUACGACGCUCCCACCGCGAAAGUUCAAGGCUUCGGAUCUACCUCUAACAUCUGCUACGCGUUCAGCAAUCGAGGGAUUGGCGCAUAGCUUCAAGAAGAAGGGCGGCUACGACGCGAUUCGAAAGCAAGUUUGGGAAAAGUUUGAGCAGAGUGAUUAUGAGGCGCAAGUCACUAAAUCUAUCCUCGAAGUCGCCGAACAGGAACUUGAACGCAACGCAGCCCAGCUUUUGUCCCUCGAUCGCCGAAAGGCUGCUGCCCUCAUUGACGGCGCUCUCGAUCGAUCCGGAGUAUACCAGAAAGCCGAUGAACUUCUUGAUCAACUUAUCGAUGUCGCGGCUAUCGAGACGCGCAUGCGUGAACUUCGCGAGGCCGAAAUCGGGGCUGAAGCGGCAAAGGAAGAACAAACUCGCGGUUCUAAGACAGAUGCCGAGUAUGCAGCCGAAUCAGCUCGUAGUUUGGAUGAGCGCGAUCGGAUUCGACGCGAAUUAAGAGCAAAAGAGGAGCAGAUUCUCGAGGAGAAGCGCAAGAUUGAGCGAGAGGAACGUAAGAAACGAGAACGCGAGAGAGAGCGCGAAUUGGAGAAAGCUGAAGCCAAACGCAAAGAAGAGCGGGAUGCUCGGCGACGCGAACGCGAGAAGAAAGAAGCGGAGCGCGAGCGUGAACGAGAGAAGGAAAGAGAGGAACGUCGGAAGGCCAGAGAGCGAGACCGAGAAAAAGACCAGGAACGUGAGGCCCGACGCAGAUCUCGAAGCCGAUCGAGACAUAGAUCUCUGGAAAGGUCGCGUCAUCGGGACCGGGAUCGUGAUAGAGAUCGAAACCGUGACCGUAGUCGUAGCCGUCGUCGCGACAGUCGAGAGCGCCGACACCGCGAUCGAUCUACUAGAGAUGAUCGAGAUCGAGGGAAGCCCGAGGAACUUAAGAAGCAGCUUACCAAAGAGGAUCACGAGAGACUUGAGAAAGAAGCACUUGAGGACCUCUUGCGAGAAAGCAAAAGAGGUGCUGCUAAGCAACCCGAGCUUGAGAUUGACGAAGCUCUUGUGCCGCCUCCUAGAAGAACAAAACCAGCUUCUGCAAUACAACCGAUACGUCGCGACUCCAUCAAGAACUCGGAUCCUAAGAAGACAUCUGAGCUUGUGAAGUCUGAAUCUAAAGAUGUGGUGAUGAAAGACGCCAAGGAAACAAAGGAUGCUAAGGAGCCCAAGGAAUCGAAAGACGCGAAAGAAGCGAAAGAAGCGAAGCCAUCUAAAGAGUCUAAACAGACCAAGGAGCCUGCCGAGUCUAAAGAGAAAGAGGCGAAGAGCUCGAGAGAUUCCAAGGAUACCAAGGUUAAAGACGACCGACGGGCUGGCUCUGUUUCUUCUCGGCACCACCGUGACCGAUCGCGUGGUGUCGAUGACGACCGCAGAUACCGCGAUCGUGAUCGCGACCGUGUUCGGGAGCGUAGUCGCUCUCGUGUCAGGUCUGACAGAAGAGAUCGAAGCAAAUCGAGACAUCGAUCAAGUCGCCGAGACCGUAGCCGUUCCCGAGAUCGCGACCGACUUCCGGAGAGAGAUAGGGACUUCUACAGGCCCGGGCAGCGAGAUAGGACCCGCUCUCGUGGACGGUCUCAUCGUGAUAGGGAAGAGAGGAGUCGUUCGCGGGACAGAUAUAAACCCGAGCACAGAGAACGAAGCCGAUCUACGAGGCGUAGAGACGACCGAGAUAAACGUGACAGGACCCGCUCACGCACUCGUCCUGAACGUCGAGAAGAUCGACGCGAUGAUCGACGAGAUAGAUCCCGUUCACCAAAACCUCGAACCGAGAGAGUUCGCUCGCGCGUAUCUCGAAGUCGGUCUCGUUCUCGCCCGGGCACGUCUAGCAAACAUGAACUCACGGAUGCCGAAGCCUGGAAACAAGGAGAAAUCAAGAAACGUGAACAAGAAGCUAAGGCUUAUUUGGCCGCCCAGCGCGAGGCUCGCGAAAAGGGAUUACCCGUUCCAGGAGUCGACGAUAAGUGGAGCACAGGGGACCGAUCUCCCGAGGUAAAGAGAUCUCGUGCCCCUGACGAGAUCGACCGGUACAGACCUGUCGAUCGCGAGCGAGAUCGACCCGAUAAGUAUCGGGAGAGAGACAGAGACGACCGCAGAGAUAAAGAUAGGGACCGGGACAGAGAUGAUCGGCGAGAACGCCGGCGGAGUCGAAGUAGAAGCCCCAGUCGUCAUCGAGAUCGCGACCGAAGUCGUGAUAAGGAUAGGAGCCUGGACCGCGAACGUCGUAGAUCUCGGGAUCGGUACCGCGGUGAAGGAACUCGAGAUAGAGACCGGGAUCAUGACCGUGAGCGUGAUCGUGAUCGUGAUCGCGACAGGUACCGCGAAAGGGACCGUGAGCGUGACGUCGACCGCGACAAAGAUCGCGACAGAGACAAGGACAGGCGAAGCCGUCGCGAUAGAAGUGUCGAGUCGCGACGGGACAGAGACCGGGAUCGAAGGGACCGAAGUCUCGACUCGCGUAGGGACCGACGAGAUCGAAGCCUUGAUUCUAGGAGAGAUCGCAGGAAUCGAAGUCGCAGUCGUGGUCGACGAAGUCCUCGUUAGUUACGUCGGAACUCACUUCAUCGUCUUGUAUUGCUACGAACCACAUUGCUACACGAGCACCCAAACUUGAGUGCCUCGAUUGGCAGGAGGCUUGCCAUAAUACAUGGGAAUGCUUAAGAUAG